AGAAUCGCGGAAAAGUUAACUCUCGAAAAAGUUAAUCUCGCGGAAAAGUUAACAGCAUUUCGGCGUCCACGUAGCGCUCUAAAAAGUUAACUUCGAAGUUAACUUUUCCGAGCGUAUGAAUUUUUUUUUUGAAAUCAACCGUUUCUUUGCCGACACAAGCCAGUGCGAGCUCUAGUUUUGAUUAUGGGUAUUCCCCGAAUAUUCUAUUUUCUUUCUGUUUUGUUUUGUGCUCCAAACAUAUGUUUUCAUUCUUGUCGCAAAUUACCUUGAUUGAAUUGUUCGGUAGCGUUUGAGUUGAUUAGUUGUGAAUUUUUUAUUAAAAAAAUGUCAAAAAUACAGAAAAAACGGCAAAUCAGAUUAAAUUUGCAACAAAAAGUAGAUAUAUUAAGAAAACUUGAUGACGGUAUUGCGGGAAAUCGAAUAGCGCUGCAUUAUGGUGUGUCUAAAGUAGCCAUCAGUAAAAUAAACAAAAAACGCCAAGAAAUUUUAAAAACAGUGGCGGCCACUUAUGAAAGUGCAGAGAAGAAAACACUCCAUAAGUCAGAAUAUCCUGAUCUGGAGGUAAACUUGUACAAUUGGUUCCUGAAUCAACGGCAGCGUAAUUGUGCAGUGACUGGUGCCAUCUUAAAAUCAAGAGCUAAACUCGAAUUUGAAAUUCUGUAUCCGGGAAAAAAAUUUAGUGCAAGUGAUGGAUGGCUGGCAAAUUUUAAAAAACGGCACGGUAUUCGCCUUCUCAAAAUUUGUGGGGAAAUUCUUUCGAGCGAUACACCGAAAAUAACUCCGUUUGUACAUAGUCUACGAGCAAAAAUCAAUGAAAUGGAUGAUCUUCCGUUGUCCAAAUUUAUUAAAGCAAACGAUGUUUACGACGAUACAGUUCGAGAAGUUCAAUCGUUAAUGUUGAAAGUGGGAAAUAAUCUUAACAUCAGCAUUGACGAUAUAGAAAAUAGGAACAAGGAUGAAAUUACGGAAGAUAUGGAACAUUUCGAAGUGUGUGAUAGUGACAAUGAUGAUUCAAUUACCGAGGAAGAUAUUCAACAACCGAAAGUGAGUUUCUCGAAAGCAGUUGAAAGCAUCAAUACCUUGAUAAAAUGGUCCAAAGACAACAACGAUGCAAAUCAGGUGGCAGACCUUAUCAGUAUGCGCACAAAAAUGGUCAAGAAUUAUUACACCAAAGAAAAAAAACAAACAACUCUCGACUGCUUUUUUAAACCAACUGGUACAAAUUAACAAUUUUCCUUUUGUAAUGGCUAAAACAUAAACAAAAAAAAAAAAGGAGCUAUUUCUAAGCAAAUCUAUGCUUAUUAUUGUAGUUUUUUCUUUUUUUUAUGAAUUUUGAAAACCGCUUGGAAAAGUUAACAAUCUCGAAAAAGUUAACAACCCCAAAACGGAGCGGUUAACUUUUCCGCGAUUCUACUGU